UUGUGCAAAGAUCCGAGCUGUCAGAGAUUUCAGGAGGGAAAAAAAGGACCCGGCACUGGCGGAGACAUGCUCUCCCUGCAAAAAAGCCAAGGCGAUUAAAGGCGCUGCCAGCCUCGCGCUCUGGGCACAGCUGAGCGUGGCACUGAGGAAGUCAAACCCCUCUCUACUGCCUAGGAAGAUGGCUAGACUUUAAAGACUAUUUUUUUUCCUUUACGAAAGAAAAAAAAAACCAAUAUUGGAGCUUUACAAUUUUUCCCCUUUUUCUUCUUUUUUUUUCUUUUCUCCCCCCGCCCAUUUUUGAGCCUUGGCCGACUCCCUUAUUAAGACCAAUUACUGAAAUCUGGUUGCUGAAGGAAAAAACAAAAACAAAAACAAAAGAAAAAAGAAAAAGAAAAGGAAAAGGAAAAAAUAGCCAAGUGUCUUCUUCUGUAUCUGGAUGUCUACAAAUUAGAGAGAGGGGGGAGCGAGCUCUGCUCCACCAGAGCGGGCGCGAGCCGGGCCAGACGUCCGGCUUUCUUUUUUUCCUGCUGCACCCGCCCCGUGCCUUCGCCGAGGCUUCGCCUGGCCUCCUUCCUCCGCGCUCACCCCCGCGGGCCCGCUGGCAAAGUGGGGUGGGGAGAGCGGCGCGGGGGGCGGGGGCCGGCGCCGCGGCCGGGGCUGCCGGGCGGCCGAGCAUGGAAGAGCAGCAGCCGGAGCCGAAAUGCCAGCGCGAGCCGGGCCUCGGCGCGGUGGCGGCGGCGGCGGCGGUGGUGGCGGCGGCGGCCCCGGGCGGCCUCGGCCUGAGCCUCAGCCCCGGAGCCGGCGGGAGCAGCGGCAGCGACGGGGACAGCGUGCCGGUGUCCCCGCAGCCGGCGCCCCCGUCGCCUCCCGCGGCGCCCUGCCUGCCGCCCCUGGCCCAUCACCCGCACCUCCCCCCGCACCCUCCGCCCCCGCCGCCGCCGCCGCCGCAGCCCCUCGCGGCGCCCGCCCAGCAGCCGCCGCCCGCGGCCCAGCUGCACCGCACCACCAACUUUUUCAUCGAUAACAUCCUGAGGCCCGAUUUCGGUUGCAAAAAGGAACAGCCCCUGCCGCAGCUCCUGGUGGCCACGGCGGCGGCCGGGGGAGGCGCCGGCGGCGGCGGCGGAGGAGGAGGGAGCCGCGCCGAGCGAGACCGAGGCCAGACUGCUGCAGGUAGAGAGCCCGUCCACUCGCUGGGCGCGCGGGCUCCGGGCGCCGCCUCGCUCCUGUGCGCCGCGGACGCGAACUGUGGCCCGCCCGACGGCUCCCAGCCCGCCACCGCCGUCGGCGCGGGCGCGUCCAAGGCCGGGAACUCUGCGGCGGCGGCGGCGGCGGUGGCCGCGGCGGCGGCGGCGGCGGCAUCGAAGCCCUCGGACGGCGGCGGCGGCGGCGGCAGCGGCGGCAGCGCGGGGAGCCCCGGGGCGCAGGGCGCCAAGUUCCCGGAGCACAACCCGGCCAUCCUGCUCAUGGGCUCGGCCAACGGGGGGCCGGUGGUCAAGACUGACUCGCAGCAGCCUCUGGUGUGGCCCGCCUGGGUCUACUGCACGCGCUACUCCGACCGUCCGUCCUCGGGUCCACGCACCAGGAAGCUGAAGAAGAAAAAGAACGAGAAGGAAGACAAGCGGCCACGGACGGCGUUCACAGCCGAGCAGCUGCAGAGACUCAAGGCGGAGUUCCAGGCAAACCGCUACAUCACGGAGCAGCGGCGGCAGACCCUGGCCCAGGAGCUCAGCCUGAACGAGUCUCAGAUCAAGAUCUGGUUCCAAAACAAGCGGGCCAAGAUCAAGAAAGCCACCGGCAUCAAGAACGGCCUGGCCCUGCACCUCAUGGCCCAGGGACUGUACAACCACUCUACCACCACCGUCCAGGACAAAGACGAGAGCGAGUAGCUGUGGCCAGCCCCAGCCCGCGGUCCAACCGCGCCGUGCCACCUCCCGGCUCCGCGGGGCUGUGCUUCACCGGCCCCACGCCGCCAUGCAUAGAUGAUCGCUAAGGAAGGAGGUAUCAAUCAGGGCGACAGAGAAAGCAAGCGAGAGACAGCAAUCCUCCGAGUGGACACUCAACAUUGGAAUGGAACGGUUUUUGAAACGGGAGAAAGACUCGGACAGGUGCUUUGGGGGGAAAAAAAGAUCUAUUCUCUAACUCACAGUAUAAGACGAAACUGCGAAUUCCUUAAAGCUCUAUCUAGCCAAACUGCUUAAGACCGUGUAUAUAUUUAAUUUCAGGUAAGGAAAACAGAUAUGUGUAGCGAUCUCUAUUUGCUGGACAUUUUUAUUAAUCUCAUUUAUUAUUAUUGUUAUAAUUAUUAUAAUUAUUAUAAUUAUUUUACCCUCCUCCCUACCUUGCGGCCCCCAGCCCAGUUUCGUUUUCGUUGCUCUCUUCUUUUGAAUGUUUUUGCUUCUCUGUACCUCCCACCCCUCAACGCUGGCCCUGGUUUCUCUGGGACUUUUCUUUGUGUGCGUGUGAGUGUGUUUCCUUGUGUGUCUGCCCUUCGACUCUCCUCUACCCACCCAGGAUUCUUCUAUUGGUCUUCUCUGUCCUUCCCCCACAUCCCUUUCCUUUUCUGGAGACUCCUUGAGAAAUACAACCCCACAGACUGCGAGACUGAACCGCCGCUACAAGCCAAAGAUUUUAUUAUGUUCAGAAAGCUGUAGUCUGAAAUAAAAUGUUCACUGUGUU